GGAUUUGAAAAAAACGAAGCGGAGCAGCGACGGCUGGCUGGAGCGCGGCAGCGUGUGAAAAGCGACCGAAGCAAGGGAGAAAGAGAGAGAUAGAGCGCGAGUGCCGCCACCGGACACCAAACGACCGUUACGGCGCCGCUCGCGAGGGGGAAGAGGACAGCAGUAGUAGAGCAAUAGCAGUUUUGGUGCAGCGAUGCUAUACUCGACGUCAGAUUCAGAUGAAGGGAAAAUAGGUGCGCGCGAGUCCGACUGACAAAGUGGAUUCUUUCUGUGAAAAUAACAGUCGCGCUGCGCGUUCGACGUGUAAUUCGCAUUGCAGGACUCUUUAAAGAUGGCUUGUCUCAAGAAAUUCGAGACAAAUAGGUUGUUAGACAAGAUCGAAAUGGAAAUGCGAAUGGAAAACAAGAAAAAGGAAUUGAAAGAAGAACUAAAAGAAGUUAGGGAGCAAAAGAAAAAACUACUUGAACUCCAAGAUAAAACUGAAACAAACUUCAGGAUGACGUCAAAUUUAGAACAUCAGUUAGAGGAAACAACUAAAAGAUUAGAAGCAUCCAACCGAGAAAGAGAUAAGUAUGAGCGGGAACUGGUCACAACAAAGUCAGAAUUAGCUGGAGUAAAACGUACUCUAGAUUUGGAGCGUCAAGAAAGGAGAGAAUUGGAAACACGUGCCUUAAAUUUAAUAAAAAGUGCAAAGAAGAAAUGGGAAAAUGCAGAAAAAGAUAAAGUAACCCAACUUAAUAAGCACAUUGAAUCACAGACAGUGCGCAUUACAGAAUUAUGCACAAGCAAUAAUGAAAUGAGUUCAAAACUACAGCGGAUGGAGUGCGAACUAGAAACUGCAAAUGCUGAACUACACAAACUACGAGUCUUUCAGGUACAGUAUAAAGAAUCUUUGUCAAAAAUGCGGGAGCUCAAUAGACAAAGUGCUGUGGGUGUUGAAAAUAAGUUGGAGCAGAUAUCAACGAGAGCUCAUAACCAAAUAGCUGAGCUUCGCUCAAAAUUAGAAUUAGAGACUGCUAAGAAUGUAGAUCUGGAAAACAAACUCAGGAAUGAACAAGACUCCAAUCACUGUCGACAGUCUAGACUGAAUGUUGCCUUAGAACUAGCACAGAAUGAACUGAAGGACUGUCAAGAGCAAUUACGAAGUCUAAAGGCAACGAUUCCAGCUCGUGAUGCUGAGAUAGAAACAUUAAAAAAUCAGUUACAUGAGAGGGCUAAGCAAUUGGAAAGUGCAACCAGUAUGGAACAGCUGAUGAUCACUUUACAGGAACAAGUGGAUAGACUAAAGAUAGAAAAUGAUCAACUGAAGCAGCAACUAGAGUCCACCAAAUCGGAUCUAAAUGAAACUAUGAUAAACUUAGAAGUAAACGAAGCUCUUGCUGCAAAUUUAGAAAGAGCUACACAAGACAAAGUAGCGUUGGAAGAACAAUUAAAGAGUACUCUUCAAAAAGAAGAGGAGCAGGGUCGCAAAUUAGGAGAUCUCGAAGAGCUGGUACGUCGCUUUGAACAAAGCGUUGUCAAACUCGAAGCCGAGAACAAUAGCCUGAAGACAGGUCAACAACAGACUCGCAUUUCCCUAGACCGUCGUUCAGGCACGACUAUCGAAGACACCGUUAAAAUCUUAAGCCUAGAACAACAAAUCGAGAAUUUAGAGCAGCAACUAAAAAUUUGCCGUGAAAAUGCGGCUGCUGAAAGACAGGCUGCCAAGCAGGCACAGCUCAAUCUGUGGAAAAAAGAGAAGGAGCUGUCGGAUGCAAACCUGGACAAGAGAAUAGCAACAAGGGAAGCAAAGACAGCCGAAGAAAAAGUAAAAAGCUUACAAGAAGAAAAACAAAGGCUAGCUGAAAGACUGAACACCAAGAUCAGGGAAGAAGAAGAGAAAUCGAAAAAAGUGGCCAAGGAACUUGAAGGAGUUAAAAACUCACUGGCCGAUUCUACGAAGGACGCAUCGAGAAAUAAGUUGCAAGCCGAUUCUGCUCAGAGGGCGCUAACGCAAGCUAAUAAGCAGAUCGAGGAGCUACAAAAUUCAAGCGCGGCUUUGCGUCGAGAGUUAGACUCUACUCGCAAACAGUUGCGCGGCAGCCAAGAUCGCAUGGAUUCACUCCAGACCGAGAAGGAACGCCUUUCUCUCAAGGUAUCUAAACUCAACGAAGAGAAGAACGAGCUCGAAUCCAAACUUGAGAAGAUUCAACAGGAAGCUAAUAGCUAUCAAGUUAACAUAGAGCUACUCAAAGAGACUUGCACUGUAUUAGAGGAACAGUUGAACGACUACGAGAAACUAACAAGCAAUCACGAAACACGCGAAAACACCUUAAUUCAGGAAAAAAUGAAGCUUCAAAAAGAUCUAGAGACGAUUGAAGCCAAAUUGCGCGAUGCCAAUGCGUCAUUGAACGAGGAAAAGACGAUGCGAUUGGUUGCUGAGCGAGCGAUCGAGCGUCUUGAAUCCGAAACGAGUGACAUCGAGGAAGAGAGGAAUGGUUUGAUUCAGCAGCGAGAUCAGUACAAGAAACUUGCUCAACAGCUGACCAAACAGGUUGCUGAUUUGCAACAAAAGUGUGGUGACUUGGAGUGCGAAAUAUCCGAAGUAAAGAGAAGUCUGGAGAUGUCCAAAGCAGAAGCUAGAAUCGUAAAAGAGGAGAGCACUCAGCAUCUUACGCGCAUGCAUGAACUGAAGGAAGAUAAUGACGCGCUGGCUGCUGACUUACAAGAGAGCAUUGACCAAGGACAAGAAUUAAGAGCUAGAGUUAUGGAUUUAGAGGAGGUACUACAAGAAAUGCGUCAGUUCUAUCAAGAAAGGGAAAUGAAGACUGGUAGCACGUGUCAACAGCAGACCAAACUUAUUGACUAUCUACAGAUGAAACUCGAAGAAACUAGCAAGCGCAAGAAAACAGUCUGCGACAAAAUCUUUGGCUCCAGGCAGAAAGAGAACAUUCCUCCAGUCAAUCCGAACGCUCUUCCUGUAGGCUAUCGAGAGUUAGAGAAUCAAUUAGAAUGCGAACGCGCCAAAGUCAAGGCCCUGACGGAGCAGAUGCUCGCUAUUAAGGCCACUCGCGCGACCAGUCCAGCUCCUAUAUCUACGCCUACAUCUCCCGAAAAGCAAUCUACGAACGUAACGAGUGAGGUGAUGGUAAGACAGGCCUCGAUUCAAAGAAUACGUCACAGCAUACCACAUAGGUUUGACGUGAGACUACCCAUGAGACCUGGUAAAUGUGCUGCGUGCAUGCAACCUAUACAGUUCGGAAAAAAUGCAACUAUAUGCAGCAUUUGUCAAAUCAUGACGCAUCUUAAAUGCUCAGUUUCGGUACCUGCAAAUUGUGGGAUUCCUGGUGGAUUCGCGAAACAGUUCAACAAAAAUUACAAUUCUAGUUCAGAAAGUCUCUCAAGCUUGGGUGACAGUGUACAGACUUUAGCGAUUGAUGAACCCGAUCAUCAUAUUCCUGAAAGGGAUACAGACUGCGCACGGAAAUCAGGCGAAAACACCGUACUCAUGGAGAGCUGGGUAAAACUUCCUGGUCGUGCGAAAUCCUGUUGGGAAAGCAAGUACUUGCGCUUGGAGGGUUCAUGCUUAUGUACUUACGAGCAUCAGCCAAGUCCAGGAAUGUCUCCAAUAUCGCGCCUUGAUCUCGCUGAGAAGGAUGGCUUUAUUGUUAGCGAAACUGUGCACCAAGCUGAUGUGCCGAGUACUGCCAAGUCCGAUAUGCCUUUCAUAUUCAGAAUAGAGUCCAAAUCGCCAUCGACUUGCUGGCCAACCUCUAGGUUGGAUAUCAUGGCCCUCAUCGAAAAGGACAAGAAAAACUGGCUUAAGGCGCUGAGAUCGUACUCGAGCCAAUCCACCAAGACUGAGAAAUUCACUACUAUUGUAAAAUUACAAAAAAAUCAGUUGGAUCUGAAUACCGCUGUGGAGAUCGAAGAAAAUAUUAUAUUAUUUGGUGCCGAGGAAGGACUGUUCUCCUACCAAAUAGGUCGCUCGCGUUGUUUGACGGCUAUUCGAGGCGUAAAGAAAGUCUACCAACUUACCCUGCAUCCGCAAGUAGGUCUUGCGCUCAUGAUCGCUGGUGAAGAUCGGCAACUGGUUCAAUGCGAUCUUCGACAGCUUAAAAGUAAUGCCAGGGCUGCAGAAUGCUCUCGACCAGCAAUCAGCACAAAGACCGUCCUUACUGGAUCUGAGAGCUGCCACCUCUAUCAAAUUCAAGACGAAAUGUUGUGUGCUGCCACUGCUACUCAUGUCAUCUUGCUUAAAUGGUUUACCAGCGAAGAUUCGGGAGAAUUCAUCAGUGUUAGAGAGUUUGAAACUCAAGAGCCAUGUAGUUGUGCUCUAUUUACACGAAACUUGUUAAUAGUUGGAUGUCACAAAUUUUUCCAAAUAGAUGUCAACAACUAUGAUAUUGAUGAUUUCCCUGAAGAAGAUGAUAAUUCAGUGAAAGCAGCCCUAAGUGGAGUCGCCAAACUUGGCAUCUUUCCUGUUUAUGUAAUCAAUGUUUCAAGUAAUUCUGAAUGCACAGAAAUAUUGCUUUGUUAUAAUGAAUUCGGAGUAUUUGUAAAUGAAAAUGGUCAAAGAACUCGAAGUAUUGACCCAACGUGGAGUCAUCUACCUUUUGCAUUUGCCUUCCGCAAACCUUAUCUCUUCAUUGUACAUUUCUCAUCUGUUGAAAUCAUUAAACUUGACUCAAGCUCGUACAAAUCGCACGGAACGGAUCCAGAACGAACUCUUAUACAAUUGACUAAUCCGCGAUAUUUAGGAUUGGCCGGUUCUCAAGGAAUUUACGUAUCAACAGUAAAUUCUAUAUUAGAAAUAUUAAAGAUUGAAUGUACAUCUAGCAUGCAAAGUUGCAGUGGUAGCAUUACUAGUCUCGACACACUGUCACAAAAUGAUGAUAGUUCUUCAGAAUUCAGCUUUACUUCAAGUUUAAUGGAAGUACUCGACGGUCAAGGAAAAAAAGUACAUUUCGCCAAUUCUUUCAAUCACUGAAUUGGUAUAAUUAAAGUGCCUACUUGUUAGAUAAAAAAACUUCGACCAUUAGCAAAUAUAAUAUAAUAAUAACGUGUCUUGUACUUUAGUAAUUAAAAAAGAUUAAUUCAAGACUUAUAAAUAUAUUUUAAUUUCAAAACAAAUACGGUUGAAAAAUACCGGUGCAUUAUUUACAAUUUGUACUACGAUAUUGAUUCGAGUCAAAUAUACAUAAGCCUUUUUUGUUAAUGAACUUGCGCUAACAAAAUUUACAUUUUACAAUUAAUUCAAAAAAAAAAUCGAAAAAAUGUAAUUAGUAUACUUAUUAAGAGAAUUUUUUUACAAAAAAAAAUUCUGCUGAUAAGAUACAUAAUUAUCUUUAUUAUAUCCUUUAAGAUAACUUUCUAUAAAUAAGAUGUUAGUUUUUUAGAGUUUUUUAUACAUAUUUAACUAUUACAUUAAAAGUGUAUGCGUGCUAGUGACAAUUAAACAAAGUACAAGUUAUAUUAGUAUUUUCUUAUUAUAUAAGUUUAGGCUUGUACUAUAUAAGAUUAGGCUUAAUAUGCGAUACGCUAGUAUUAAUUGCGUAGGAUCGAUUUUCAUUGAAGAUGAUACUUAAUUUAAACCUUAAUAUAUUUUCAAAUAUUGUACAUUAAAAGUGUGUCAUAAAUUUAUAAAAAUAAAAAAUAAAAGCCAUUUCAUUUCGUUAAUAAAUAAAAACUUGUAUCACAAAUCCAAACAACAGUUGGUUAAUUUUUAUUUAUCAGUGUAAAAGUUUUCUUCUAUUCAUCUAUUUGUUAAAAAUAUUGACGUAGAUAGUUUCAACUUCUAUGUAGGUAGUGCUCACAUUCUGUGAACGUAACGGAAUGGUUUCAAGAGUUUAGUGGCAAAAAGUAGCUUUAUAUGCAGAUUGAAUGCAACAUCCGGCAACCCCUGACACUAGAUGCGCAUACCACAAACAUUGUAAAAGACGCACUUGCCAUACUUCGCAUGUAAAUACUUUUAGAAUACACUUAGAUUGCACUCAUUUCAUACAGUUAGGAAAAUAGCGUACACGAUAGAUUUAAUUUUUUUUAUUGUAACAAAAGCAAUAAGUUCAGGCAGGUAAAUCUUUGUAUCAAUCGUGAAUGUGGUAGUAUCUAAUCUUAAUAUUUUAAUGCGUUCGUAAUCAAUUAAACGUAAUUGUAGAAAGCCAUAUUUUUUUUAUAAAUAAAUAAUGUGAUAUUUCAUUGUCGAAUAUUUGAGCUACUUGUAUUGUUUUAAUGUUAAAAGAAUUACAUUGG